AUGUGGAGUGGACUGUUACCUCCAGGACUGAAUGAAAGUGAUGUUGACUUAAGUUCUGAUGAGGCAGACGAACUGCAUGGUUCCUUUUCAAAGGAAGAUACAAAAGAAGAUAUUGAAAGAGUUCAGCUUUCUGAAUUCCAGGAGAAGGGACCUGAAAGUAAUGCCAUCAGUGAACCCGUUUUGCUGUCUCUAACAGAUGGAGAAAAUGAAUCUCAAAUGUGCCCUUCUGGAGUUUCUUUAAAUAUGUGGAAUAAAUUUCUGGAGCUUCAGAAGAAAAAACGUGAAAUGAAAAUCCAAGCAAAUCAGGAAAACAAAAGCAGAAAAAGAAAGCGCCGCAGAAAAGAAAAACAGAAAAAGAACGAUGAAGUGACUAAGAGUAGUCAACAGUUGGCAAAUGAAGACAAAUGGAAAGAACUUACACAAUACUUUGGAAUCAAUGAUAGAUUUGAAUCACCUGUGGAUAGCAGGGCUCCACAAAAGUCUGGCCUUGAACUUAGCAUAGAGAAGUCUGUGGCGGAAGGUGACAUUGAUAAGGCUGAGGAGCUGAGUGAUAGAUUAGCCAUUCGUGAGCUUGGUGUGAAAAUUGCCAAAGCUGCUGCUUGCCGCAACUUUGUAAAAGCCAAGCAAGAAGCAGAGGCUGCCCAAGAAGCUCGAAAGAAAAAGAAGCUUGCUUGGGGAUUUGAAGCCAAGAAAAGAUGGGAAACAAAAAGCAACAUGGGAUACAUGUAA